AUGGUGCGGCCGCCCCGGCCGCGCUUCCGCGUCGGGCCGAGCCCGCGGCCGCUCCCGAGCAGCCCGAGCCGCCCGAGCCGCCCGCCGGGCCCCGCUGGCAACUGCGAAGCCGCCGCCGCCGCCGAGGGCGAGAGGCGGGAGGCGCGGGGCGAGCCGGAGGGGAGGGUGGCGAGGGGCCGGCGGAGGAAGGGGAAGGGGAAGGGGAAAGCGGCGGGGCCGGGCGGAAGAGGAAGCGGGGCGCAGGGGAAGCCGGCGCCGCGGCCGGUCGAGGGGGCUGCGGGGCGAGGGGCCGGGGCGGCGGGCGCGGGCGCGGGCGGCCGGGCGCGGGGCUCCGCGGGGGAGGCCGGCGGCCGCAGCCUGGAAGGGGCGAGUAGGCUCGCAGGGGACGAGGACGCGAGCUCGGGGGCCGGAGCGAGCGAUGCGGGGCAGCAGGAGGGCUGGAGGGGCAGGUCCGGGCGGCGGGAGGGAGCCCAGGGCCCCGGGGGUCAGGCGUGGGGCCGCGGCGCAGGGCCCGGGGCGGCCAUGGCGGCGGCGGAGGCGGCGGCGGGGGCCCGGGAGCCCGUGCUCUGGCGCCUGCCCGAGGAGCUGCUGCUGCUCAUCUGCUCCUACCUGGACGUGCGGGCCCUCGGCCGCCUGGCGCAGGUGUGCCGCUGGCUGCGGCGCUUCACCAGCUGCGACCUGCUGUGGCGCCGGAUAGCCCGGGCCUCGCUCAACGCCGGCUUCUCGCCGCUCGGCACCGACCUGAUGUCAAGUAUCCCAGUGAAGGAACGGGUGAAGGUGUCUCAGAACUGGAGGUUGGGGCGCUGCCGAGAAGGGAUUCUACUGAAGUGGAAAUGCAGUCAGAUGCCCUGGAUGCAGCUAGAGGGUGAUUCUCUGUACAUAUCCCAAGCUAAUUUCAUAUUGGCCUAUCAGUUCCGUCCGGAUGGUGCCAGCUUGAACCGUCGGCCCACGGGAGUCUUUGCUGGACAUGAUGAGGAUGUUUGCCACUUUGUGCUGGCCAACUCACACAUUAUCAGUGCAGGAGGAGAUGGGAAGAUUGGCAUUCAUAAGAUUCAUAGCACCUUCACUGUCAAGUACUCGGCUCAUGAACAGGAGGUGAACUGUGUGGACAGCAAAGGGGGCAUCAUUGUGAGUGGCUCCAGGGACAGGACGGCCAAGGUGUGGCCUCUGGCCUCAGGACGGCUGGGGCAGUGCUUACACACCAUUCAGACUGAAGAUCGAGUUUGGUCCAUUGCUAUCAGUCCAUUGCUCAGCUCUUUUGUUACUGGGACAGCUUGUUGUGGGCACUACUCACCCCUAAGAAUCUGGGACCUCAACAGUGGGCAGCUGCUGACACACCUGGGCAGUGACUUCCCCCCUGGCGCAGGGGUGCUGGAUGUCAUGUAUGAAUCCCCUUUCACGCUGCUGUCCUGUGGCUACGAUACCUACAUCCGCUACUGGGACCUGCGCGCUAGUGUCCGGAAGUGUGUCAUGGAGUGGGAGGAGCCUCACGACAGCACCCUGUACUGCCUGCAGACGGACGGCAACCACCUGCUGGCCACCGGCUCCUCCUACUACGGCGUGGUGCGCCUGUGGGACCGGCGCCAGAGGGCCUGCCUGCAUGCCUUCCCGCUGACAUCGACGCCCCUCAGCAGCCCUGUGUACUGCCUGCGCCUCACCACCAAGCACCUCUAUGCCGCGCUGUCCUACAACCUCCACCUGCUGGACUUUCAAAGCCCGUGACGGGCAGGCCCACCCCGCCUGUGGGCAGCAAAGUAGCUACUCAGGGACUCUCCUCCUGGAGGGUGCAGUGAUGCCCCACCCACCCCCUGUGCCUGCGCUCUUAACUGUGACCACACGGCUCGGGCACCUUAGGCCAAAGGCUGCCGACCUAGGAUGGGGGAGGGCACCUGGAGACCAGCCCCUCCCAGGAACCAGCCGGAGAAAAGGCACUGACUGGGCUGGAGAAGGAUCUGGCCUGCCCGCCCCUCUGUGAACCACAGCUCUCGAGAGUGCCGAGGGGGCUCCAGCCCUCCCAGCUGGUCCCUCUCUGUCCCUUCCCUGGGAGGAAGGGUGAGCCCCACCUCCUCAGUCAGACACCCCCCACCCCACAUCACCACCCCUGCCAACCAAGCUUUCGGGGCUGGGGUGCUGUGGGCUGGUCUCUACUGGAAACCAAGAAAGGACAAAGUUCUAAGCCAGCCCAGUCUCAGGAUUGCUAUCAGGACUGCUACAUCAUUCAGUUUUGUAAAAGUAAAGCUUGAUUGU